AAUUCAAAGAGGCCUUUUCAUUGUUUGACCGGACUCCAACUGGAGAGAUGAAAAUCACCUAUGGGCAGUGUGGGGACGUGCUGCGGGCCCUGGGCCAGAACCCCACCAACGCGGAGGUGCUGCGAGUUUUGGGCAAACCCAAGCCUGAAGAGAUGAAUUCCAAGACACUGGACUUCGAGAUGUUCCUGCCCAUCCUGCAGCACAUCUCCCGCAACAAGGAGCAGGGCACCUAUGAGGACUUCGUGGAGGGGCUGCGGGUCUUUGACAAAGAAAGCAACGGCACAGUCAUGGGCGCCGAGCUUCGGCAUGUCCUCGCCACCCUGGGAGAGAAGAUGAGCGAGGCUGAGGUGGAGCAGCUGUUGACUGGGCAGGAGGAUGCCAACGGGUGCAUCAACUAUGAAGCCUUUGUCAAGCACGUCAUGUCCGGGUAA